AUGGACACCAUCACUGACGCUGGCGGACAUGGGGAAGUGGGAUCACGGUCGUCCAUUGACAAACCCCCCAUCCUGGCUCCGGAUCCCGCUUUUGAUCGCCUCCCGGACGAGAUUAUCCAACAGAUAUUGCAACUCACCGACCCCGACUCCUUUGCGUCUCUCAUCCUCCUCAACUCGAAAUGGCGAUCAGUCGCCCAGCAGGCCCAGCUCUAUGCCCUCCACCUCUUCAAAUGCGAAUCCUAUUCCUCGAGCCAUCCCCAGCUUCGCGAUACCGAUGUCAAAGAUGAAGAUCUUCCGCGUCUAAGGCGACUAUUCGCCAGAGAGGUCAAACGCAACCUUUUCGAAGCGUACCUGCGACCCCGCGAAACCGUUAUAAAGUUGAUAUCCAAUUCCAUCAGCUCUUCGUCAUGCCCCGGUGGCGAGGGAAUGCAAUUCAGUCCGUCGCCACGCGGUCACCAUAUCCUAGCCUACAACUCAUCUCGAAUCUACGUUCUCGAUGUUCGGGGGAAGGAUAUCGACGUCAAGAGGGAAUUCAAGAUCUUGCGCCGCCCCGUGUCGACCUGCAUCAAGGACGACGGCUCGAUGCUAGCCGUGUUAUCUUCUGAAAUGCAGGUCGACCUCUACGAUUUAGAGCAGUCACCCCCGCGCCGCACCCAGUCUCUGAUCUUGGAUCACGCUCCGCGCACUAUUGCCCUCUCGCCCUGCGGUUCUGUCCUGGCUGCUGCGUACGAAGGAGGUAUCGAAGUAUCUCUGGUCAACCCUGGCGCGUUACCUACAGAUAGACGCGCUGUCAAAUGUGACGGAGUCGAUUCCUUGUCCUUCUCGUUCGACGGCACUCAAAUUCUUGGAACAACGAUUCACUCAUCGCCACCUACCACAGUUAUCCUCACAGCUCCGUAUUAUGACCCGGGUAACCAAAUGGCCGACGAUAGCAUUAGCGCGCUUUGGACUACGUCUAUUCUGUUUCCUAAUACCAGUCGUGACUGCAGUCAUGCUGUGCUGUUGCAGGACUCUGCCCAAGAAGAGGCGAGCUGGACGUUCACUUACGAUCGUAGUUUUGAGACAUUCAGGGCUGUACGCAUAGAAGAUCUGAGAAACGGAACAACCUAUUUCACGGGCCCGAAACCCGAUCCAGGAUCACAGGCUAAGCUCACGCCUUGCACUCUUCCUGCAGCGACUUUCCACGGUGAUCUUGUCAGUGCUGGGUUCCAAGGAAAAGAUGUCUGGCUCUAUGGUGUCCCUGAAGACCUCGACGCCGUACCUGAGUUCAACUCCUCAGGGGCUGAUGGACUGUCAGCCUUAGCUGGACAAGCAAGAAGAAACAGUGGACCCCCUUCGCGUUCGUCAUCGUCCCGAGCGCAAGAGAAUCCAAGGAUCCCUCAAUGGCAAAUGUUGUGUGAUAAGCUCCGGAACACUUUCAUCUGGGGUGCAAAGAUUGCCGAACUCGACGGUGUCAGCACGGUGAAGUGGGUUGCGGGCUUUGGUCAGACGUCGGCACAGGAGCGCCUCGUCAUCGCAGCCCGGGGCAUCUCUCCCGGAAAAUCCAUCAUUGAGGAGGAAGACAUCGACUUCAUUGACGGCGGCAGAGUUACCCUCUUGGACUUCGACUACAGCAUCGAAGACGGUGUUAGAACGGAGAUUGAGAUUGAAGUGGGCACCAAGGAGCCUGAGGUGCUCGAAGAGGAGCAAAGAGAUAUCGAUACCGAAGUGGCUAUUGUACGUCGCAGGACUGUGGCUCAGAAACGGGGAGAUCGCGGUGCCUUGAUGCGUGCAGCUACGAGUGCUGCAGCCCGGAGCAACCCUUUGCCAUCUAUGCCGUCCAUGCCACCCAUGCCACCCAUGCCGCAGCCCCGAGAAGAACGGCAGGCCGAAAACGACAAUGGCGAAGACGACCCUCUUGUUCCAAGACGAAUUGGAGCAGCCCCGCGUAUCAAUGUCCAAGAGCCAACCUCACCUUCAGCGCCUGGGGCAGGCGAGACCGCCUCGAUGAUUGGAGAAGAAGAGGCAGAAGAGGCAGUCGAAGCCCCUUACUCGCAUGACGGGCCCCGCUCCACCAACACGCUUCGUCGCGCUGCCACUGCUGCUGCUAUGAACCGAAGCCGCCACCCGCAACCGCCAGCCGCUGGACCGGUAGAGUAUCGGCGGGCUGACGGCCGACGUGAGCAUCCGCACGAGAGCGAUGCCGACAACUGGGUUCCACCGCCGCCUCCCUAUCAGAAGGACGACCCCGGUGACUUGCCCUCUUUCCUACGGAACGCCGUCAUCACGCCUGGUGGCGUGCAGAUACAGAGUCAGCCGGCGAGGACCCAAACAGCCGCGCCUGCCAUUGGCGCAUCAGCAUGGGCGCUUCCGACGCGACCAGCUCUGUCUCAAUCAUCAGGCCGCCCUCUAAGCUACCAAGAGACGGUCAACAGCCCCCCGGCUAAUGCCAGCCACCAUCUGCGUAUAGCCAGUGACUCGACGCUCAUGAGCCGGCCGCGCACUGCAGAUUCGGCAGUUCGUCCAACGCACAGCCCUUCGGCCCAUGUUGAUCUUGACGACGAUAUCUACGACGUCUCGCCACCAGAUUCCCCACGCAUGGGGGCGAGAAGACAGAGCGAAACUCAUGCCAUCUCUCCUGAAGACCAGCGGAUGGUCAGCCAAGUUUCGGGGGUUCGACCAUCAAGUUCCGGGACACACCAAGAUUCCGAGGCAGUUUCUCCCGAGCAAUCAGUCGUAUCCCCGAUCGUUCAGCAGGCUCAGGCGCCUCCCUCGCUGGGUUUGGAGAUUCCGUCGGCUUCCUCUGCAAAUACUGCAGAGCUGCGACAGCCACAAUCAGCAUCUACUACCGACUUGCCGUUAGUCAGACGUCUUUCCAAUGCGUCAACUUGGCCUAGAUCUGCGCAGCCGGGCGAUGGAUCUUAUCUUCGUCCAGAUGGCGGUCCUUUGAACAGCCACCCCUACUCCGCUCCUGCGACUGACGCAAGAGUCGACGACAUUGCCGGGUCUUCACUGCCACUAUUCCCCAUGGCAGAUCAGUUGGCCAGUCUGCGGAGCCAUGAACAGCUGCCUCCAUCUAGACGGUUUUCUGGAAACUUCAGCUCAGUCCAGCGUGUACCAGUGGGAAGCCGUCGGCCUGGAUCUCGCCGAGCGUCUGUGCCACAGCCUGUCUCGCAGCCCGCUUCUCAAGCCCAGGGACAAGCUCAGGACCAGAAUCAAGUUGCCGAAUCACAGUUCGAAGAUCAACCCUUGAUCAUCAGCACACCUAGCGGCGUCACUGGCGCAUUUGAUGCGCCUACUCGUCAGCAAUCGAACCGCAGAACCGAGAUGCCUUUACUGGCCCCGAUCCCGCGUCAUCCACGCCCGACCCAAUCGGGCCCGGUACGACCAACGGUGGAACGCCUUGAAACGAUAUACAGCACAAACUCCACAAACCGGCCCGAAGCUUCUGGCAGCAGAAGUCUCAUGCCAGCAUGGUUACAAGCGCCGUCGACGUCGUCUGCGGGCCGGCAGUCGCAUUCUUCGGUCAACAGAAGACCCAGUCGUGCCGAGCGGAGUGCAGCUAAGAACAUCAAGGACGCCAAACGGCGCGGUUGGAAUGGUUCCCAAAAGAAGAAGAAAAAGAAGAAGCAGGUUGAUCACGAGGUCGCCAGCUCUACUGCAUGGACGGAAGUUUCCACGUCUAGUAGGAAUGCCACUCAUGGCAAAUCAGAGAAGGAUAAGAAGUGUGUUGUGAUGUGA